AUGGCUCCCCUGGAAAAGGUGAUUGUUGUAUAUGGGAGUACUGGCACCCAGGGCUAUGCGGUAGCUUCAUCCCUCUUGAAAAGUCAACACAACUUCAUCGUCCGAGCACUCACCCGCAACCCAAAUUCGGAGAAGGCACAGAAUUUGGCGAAGAUGGGUGCGCAAGUGGUCAAAGCCGAUGGAUUCAGUGAUGAGGAGAUGAAUGCAGCACUCGCUGGCUCUUGGGGAUUUUGGUUAAACACACACCAUCAUGAUCAGGUGGUUCCCACGGAUGAGGACCUAGGACGCCGAUUGGUCAACAUCGCUGCCAAUCAAGGCGUCAAGGUCUUCAUUUACAGUACCUGCGAUUCACCCGAGAAGAUCUCAAAUGGAAAGACGCCUGUCCCUGGUAUGGAUGCCACGCACCGUGUGGAGAUGUAUGCUCGACAGUUCAAAGAGUUUGACGCUGUUAUCGGGGCCUUUCCCGGUUGGUACUUUGAAAAUCACAUCACUCCAGCUUAUGCGCAAGCCUUUGGAGGAUUUCCAAUGUUCCCGGAUGAGGAGGGAAUUUAUACAUUUACCAGUCCGGUACUAAAUGUUGGUGGUGAGGGAAAGGUGCAAACCAUCUCCGUGGCAGACGACUUUGGCGAAAUGGUACACGGGAUGUUUCUGGACCCUUUGAGGUGGAAGAAUCAAACUAUCCAAUGCCUGAGUGAUUCCUUUUCCUACGAAGAGAUGGUCACGGUCUUCAAAGAAGUAACCGGAAAGCCGGCUCGAUAUAUUCCCAUGGCUUCAUGCGAGGACUUCCCCACUCAGGGAAGCAGUGUUCUAAAAGAGCUCCAGGAUGUUUUUCGCUGGACUCAGUAUACGGGUGGAUUAUUCUUUGGUCAAACAGAUGAUUUCCAGACGUGUCAGCAUCUCAAAGAUGAGGCUCGCCGGGACAAGGGUUUGAAACCACAGCCGGUCGCUUCUUUGAAGAGCUACUUUGCUUUUCACUAUGGAGGCAAAACAUUUUAG